AUGUCGGAGCAACAGCAACAACAACAGAAGCCAGGCGUUGGUAAGGGCGCCAGUACGCUAGGCAAAGGUGUAGGAGACACAGUGACCGGUGUAACAAAAGGCGUCGGUGACACCACUUCCGCGGUUGGCAAUACUGCAAGUGGUUAUGUGACCAGUGCGACGGGCAAAAAGCAAGAUGCUCAAAACCCAUUGGGCAUAUGA